CCCUGUUGUAUAAACACAAACAACCACAGACCGGCCUUUAAAGCCGUAUGUAUUGACAACGCCAGUGCGCGACAUACGCGACGCGGGAGCAUUGAACACCUUGCAUUUCGGUGCUGAAACGCAUUCGUAUCUUAGCGCUGGUGUAGCUCCAUAGUGAAAGAAUUCUGUACCGUCUCCAACGAAACGAAGAUUCAAGCGGAUAAUUCGGCUCAGCUCUCCAAAUCCAGUCGUUGAGCGUCAUCAGGAAGAGAUGCAUCAUCAUCGUUAAGUCCAAGUGUGAAGUAGGAGCUAGUUGAGUGCUGGCAAUCAUUGAGAAGAACUCCCAAACCUACUAGCUACUGCAACAGAGCAACGUGCGUGUGCGUAGUUGACCGAUAGGAACUAAUUGCAACCCGUAACAAAAUGGUGGACUAUUACAAAGUAUUGGAAGUAUCCAGAACAGCAUCGGAGGCUGAAAUAAAAAAGGCGUACAAAAAAUUGGCCCUUCGAUGGCAUCCAGACAAAAAUCCGGACAAUCCAGAAGAAUCCAACAGACGGUUUAAGGAAAUUUCGGAAGCGUACGAAGUACUGUCCGAUGCAUACAAACGACACAUCUACGACAACCGGGGCACGCGAAAGAGUGCGACCGGCAGCGGCACCGGUGGCACUGCCGGCAGCUACAGUGCCUUUACCAACCGCGACUACAGUCGCAACGGAGGCUAUGACCAUUAUCAUCACCAUCGCUAUGGGUCCGGGGGAAGCCGGUACGGGUCGACCGGUGGCCGGGAGAACAGUAGCAGCAGUCGUACGUUUUCGUUUAAAGGAUUUUUUGAGACGACGCCGUUUUUCCGCUUCUUUGAAAAGAAACGACGCAUCUACGAUCAGUACGGCAAGGAUGGUCUGAUAAACAAUGGAUCCGAUCGGUAUCAUCAGAGCACGCGACAUCGACGACACAAUGGCAGCAGUGGCAUGGAUGACUUCGAGUUCUUCGGCUUCCCGUUCACAUUCCGCGAUCCGGAGGAUGUGUUCCGAGAGUUCUUCGGUGGAUCACCAUUCGAUGAGUUGUUUAGAAUAAGUCAACCUGCGCAUCAGCAUGCGCGCCGGGCGAAUGGCGCCACCAACGGACACCAUCACCACCAUCAACGACACUCGCACCCGCAAAACAUCAUCUCAUCACCGUUCAUGAAUCCGAUGAUGAGCUUCGGUCUGAUGGAUGAUUUCUUCAACAACGGGCACAUGGCACCGCGGGGCAUGAGUUCCGUAUCCCAGUACAGCUACAGUGGUGGCCCCGUCAAGCGUACCUCCACCUCGACCACCUUCGUCAAUGGCAAGAAGCUGAUGACGAAAAAGGUGUACGAGAAUGGUACGGAAACCAUUAUGUCCUACGAGAACGAUGUACUAAAAUCAAAGACUGUGAAUGGGGUCGCUCAAGCUAUACCAUACAACCAUUAAUUCACUGAGAAAUAAUUAGCCGAUAUCCAGCGAGGGCGAGAGAGCAAGAAAUGUGAGGGUGAACCGGAAUGGAAGAAGGAAGAAGAAAUGUAGUAAAGGCAGGCAGAAACCGGAAUUCAACCUAAAUGGAUGGCUAACAAACAAUUAUUUUCUCAUAGCUACCGUAGGAUUAGUGAUACACAUAAUAAUUAUAAUUAAUAAUAUGUAGAUCAUUGCGGAUAUAUAAUAUUAGUGUGCGCGUGCGUGUGUGUUGCAUGUGGGCGCGUUGAGCAGCAGUUUCAUUGCGGGUUUUUUUGCGGGCACUUUGUAAAUGAGAGAAAGAGGUUAGCAGGAAGCGGAAGAAGUUUGGAAUUUGCUCAGAUAGUAGAUUCAUGUUGCAGCAUGUGGACUGGUAUUAGACACAAGUGUGUGUAUCGCAAACAAAAUGGGAAAUAAUAUUUAAGGAAAUUCAGUUCUUUCUACUUCAAUAAUACCUUUUGUUUAAAAAAAAAAAAUGCAAACCUAAUGAACUGCAAAGGAAAUUUUGUAAAACAAUAUUACGAAUUAUUUUAUUUUCUUUUCUUGGUUCCCAUUUUACUGUUCUACUACAACAAAAAUAGCGAAUUG